GCACGGGAGUUUUAGCUGCACUGUGUAUUGUGAAGCAGGUAGGUGGAGUGUAUUUGCAUUGCUAGGGACUGCUUCCUUGUCUCUCUAACCUCUACACAGUUGCUGGUAACAGCAGAGAAGAAGAGCAUUUCUGAAUGCUGUAGCUUUUAAUUUGUUUUUACUCACAUAAGUAGGCUUUAGCCUUUGCAGGAAUUGAGGCAUGUUAAAAAAAAAAUUCUAAAUAAUUACAAAAAUCUUAAGUUUCAUUGAUAUUGCUACAACUCAUAGAAUUUCAAAUGACAUUUAAUUACAUUUUCAUAAAUGUAUGUAUUUGGGUAACUGAAACUUAAAAUUUUGUCUUUAAAAAUAUGUAAGUUGAGUUGGCAAGUAGCAAAUGCUAAUUUUACCAGAUUUGUGUUAAUUUUUUAAAAUAACCACUGGAGAAAUUGUUAUACAUCUUUGUUUACAGGAUUUUUACCUCCUAUAACUCCACCGGAAAAGUUUUUUCUUUCCCAGCUAAUGCUGGCACCUCCAAGGGAACUCUUCAAAAAGACACCUCGACAGAUUGCACUGAUGGACGUUGGAAACAUGGGCCAGUCUGUGGACAUUAGUGGGCUUCAACUAGCCUUGGCUGAACGCCAGUCUGAAUUGCCAACCCAAAGUAAGGCUAGCUUCCCGAGUAUCCUCAGUGACCCGGACCCAGAUUCUUCCAAUUCUGGAUUUGACAGCUCAGUUGCCUCUCAGAUCACAGAAGCUUUAGUCAGUGGACCAAAGCCACCUAUUGAAAGCCAUUUUCGGCCCGAGUUUAUUCGUCCCCCACCUCCACUGCACAUCUGUGAGGACGAGCUGGCGUGGCUGAACCCCACCGAGCCCGAGCACGCGGUCCAGUGGGAUAAGUCGAUGUGCGUGAAGAACAGCACGGGCGUGGAGAUCAAGCGGAUAAUGGCGAAGGCCUUCAAAAGCCCCUUGUCUUCGCCCCAGCAGACGCAGCUCCUUGGUGAGUUGGAAAAAGACCCCAAACUUGUUUAUCAUAUUGGCCUCACUCCAGCCAAACUUCCUGACCUCGUGGAAAACAACCCUCUAGUCGCCAUAGAAAUGCUGCUGAAGUUAAUGCAGUCGAGCCAGAUCACUGAGUAUUUUUCGGUCCUGGUCAACAUGGAUAUGUCCUUACAUUCCAUGGAAGUUGUGAAUCGACUGACUACAGCUGUUGAUCUACCUCCUGAAUUUAUUCACCUUUAUAUAUCAAAUUGCAUCUCUACUUGUGAACAAAUUAAGGAUAAAUAUAUGCAGAAUCGUUUGGUGCGUCUUGUGUGUGUCUUUCUCCAGUCCUUGAUCCGUAACAAAAUUAUAAACGUGCAGGACUUGUUCAUAGAAGUGCAGGCGUUCUGUAUCGAGUUCAGUAGGAUACGAGAAGCUGCUGGCCUUUUCCGGUUGUUGAAGACACUGGAUACUGGGGAAACACCUUCUGAGACCAAAAUGUCCAAAUAAUACCUCUUCAGAACCACCCCAUUCGUUGUUCAGCUGUACUGUGAUUUAUUUUUAACUGUUAAAACCCUGAGUGGGUUGUUUGUUGUGAUACAUAUAAACAACUUUAGCUACUUAAAGCAAAGUUUUACUUUCCUGGGUGACUUUUUCCUUUAGAAGAAUUUCUGGUAAGAACUUGGAAAAAUGUCUUUAGGUGUGUUACACAGAAUGGUUAUCCAAAAAAAGAUUGCAGAAAAAUAGAUGAGGUCUUUAGCACUAAAAAGCAAGGUGCCUGUUUCUUUUAAAACAAAUCACAGGCUUCUGAUUAAGUCAAGAACCCAGUUUUCCUAAGGUUCCAGUGUAAAUGUACUUAACGAGUAAGAAUUCAUUGUACUGCCCUUGAGGUGAAAUCGGUGGAAUGCUUCUGAAUCUAGCGGCAACCAGAAGUUUGAUCCUGGAACCGUUGUGCAGGUAGCUCUGAGCUUCUCCUUAAGCGGAGUCUGGGAAGGACUGACUUGAGAUUUAACCCUUUUUGUUACAGGACUUAAUAGAGAACAAGAAUAAAUGCGUUUCUUGGGCCUUUUACAACUUGGCAACCCUUAGAAACCUCGGUCAGGGUUGUAACAGCUGUAUGGUUUUCUGGUUUUCUCUGUUGAGGUGUUCAUUGGUUCUUCGGUUACUAGUCUAAGGUGGUCAUUUUUGGUUUAAGGAAACCCGUCAGUCAGUGCUUUGGGAUGUAAUGUCGUCACUGAGGAACUGUCAUGUGAAACUGUUUCUGAGUGGGGUCUGUGCCCUCUGCCUGUGGUGGGUCUGAGGAGUCGGAGAGCAAGAGGGCGUCAUGGGGCUCCUGGCCCUCAUUUAACUCUGGACAACAGUGCCUUAUAUUAAAGUUCUUUUUUAUAAAUUCUG